UUCAAGAUAAAGAUGGUUUACAUUUUUGUUCUCUUGGCUCUUCUAUCAUCCACUUCCGAUGCGGCUGUCAAUGAUUUCUGCGUAGCAGACUUAAAGGGUCCAGAUAGUCCUUCAGGUUAUCAGUGCAAGCCACCGAAAUCCGUCACAGUGGAUGACUUUGUGUUUUCUGGCUUUGUAGCUGGAAACACCACAAACAUUUUCCGUGCUGCAUUAACCUCUGCAGUUGUCACUGAUUUUCCAGGUGUGAAUGGUCUUGGUGUUUCCGCAGCACGGAUAGACAUAGAAAAAGGUGGAUCAGUACCAAUGCACACACACUCUGGUGCCACUGAACUUUUGAUAAUGGUGAAAGGUCAAAUCACAGCUGGUUUUAUGACACCAUUUGCAGUUUAUACGAAAACACUGAAACCAGGAGAUGUUAUGGUUUUCCCACAAGGGCAACUGCAUUUUCAAGUGAAUUCUGGAAAGAGAAAAGCCACUGCUUUUCUGGCUUUCAGUAGCGCAAACCCUGGAGUACAAUUGCUUGACCUUAUAUUGUUUGGUAACGACUUACCUUCUGCCUUGAUUGCAGAAACGACCUUCCUUGAAGUUGGCCAAGUGAAGAAGGUUAAGGGACGAUUCGGUGGCAGAGGCUAG